AUGAGAAUUUUCAUUAAGACACAGUGGGCAAGCAAGAGGAUGGAGGCUUUGUACCUGAGGAAGACUGGUACACCUUACAACAAUCAAGUUGAAUUUGAGAUGGUGGAAUUUUUAUUCACACACAAUCAAAUGCCUGCAAAGCAGAUGGCCAUUUCAAGUGGAUUGCGAGCUUCCUCAUGUCCACCCCAAACCUUCUGUCUGGCUCUUCGGACCACUUCUAACCCAACUUCUUCAGCCCCAACAGGCAAUCCAACACCGGCUCCUACCGCAUCAUCCGGCAUGAUCAUGACUCAUGAUCAAAUUGUGGCUGAAAAUGCCCAUCGACUUACAGAUAAUGUAGCCCUACAGUCGUGCAGAGAUGCAGGAGACAUCAAUGUUCCAGCUGAUGAGCUUUUGAUCCCACUUCCCCCUCAGCCUUCAGGGACUGCCCUACAACAGUGGAUCUCUGCUUUCACGAAACUAUCGCCCACAUCACAAAUGCAAGGCUCGGCCAUUCUAGACUCAAUCAUUCCCAAGGUCAUCUCCAGGCCCAGUGUUACUUCGGUUGUGAAGGUUCUGUUUGGCACAGCCAAGGAGCUUCCUUCUGGCUCCAGCAUCGACUCCACUUACAGCUUCGGCAUUCACAGCUUUGUUCAGGAUCUUCUUAAUGCAGGACAAUACUGUCCUGCUCACUUUGUUCACUAA